AGGAAACCCAGCAAGCCGGCUUGCUGCUCACGCCGCGUCACCAGAGUGGCUGAGAGGUGAACAACCCUCCGAUCUAGCACUCUGGAACCGUCGGUCCCUCGGUGAAGACUUCAAAAAAUUGUUCAUCUAAGUGUUCAAAAUUGUACAUCAUCGAGCAGGGGUAAUAUUUUUACUGGCUGAAAAAAGUUAAAGCAAAAAAAAAGAAGACUGCAAAUAGUUGAAAUAUGUGCUUGAAAUUUGAAAAUAGUAUCUGCUUCUGCGAUUAUAGAAUAUAAUCAUAGAAUAUGCUGCUGCAAUUACGAUUUUCGAGCUUUCAGCCCAAUUUAGGCUGAAGUGUGAUGGUGAACGUUAACUGAACUGGACGGGCAACCUCGACAUUUUUUCAAUGCAGUUCACGAUAAUCAGUUGUUCAAAUUAGAUCUCGUGUGUAUUAUUCCCAAGAAAUUGUUUCAUGCGAAUUCGACCCAACUCAGAAUAAGAAUAUCACUCAGUGCAUGAAUAUAAAAACAUGUCAUACGGAUCUACCCAUUAUCUUCAUAACCAUUUUAUGCAAAACGUUUAUCAAGUUCAAGUUCGUAGGUAACAAACAUUUCAUAUUGGUCAUACAUUCUGACGUUCGCAGUUAAGCUUACUUUAGAAACAAAUAAGAUCUUCAAUUCAUCGGCGAUUUUACCAGUACAUUAGGAAGCAUUGCUGUUUGUAUAGAGCAACAUCGAGCGUCUUCCGGCUGUCAAGCGUGUACUUGAGACCAGCAAUGCAGGUUAUCAUGAAGAAGCUACACACCAGUUCUGCAGAAUACAGCUGGUGACGACCAUACGCCGCUCAGUGGGCAGGCUUCUCCACACUGCAGGAUUAGGUGCUAUUGACGGCAGAGGCUCUUGAGGUCCUUCAUCGUGACCCAGUCCCGAAUACGGCUUCUAAGAACCGUCUUCUUGCUCGGUUAAUAUAGAAAAAAUAUACGUCGUGAUAAAAUUGAAACGUAUUUAUUACGAAGAUUGGCUGUUAAAGAAGUGAUCUGAUUGGACUUGGUGAACAUUUUUCUUAAUAACACCUUCCUAGAAAACCUAGAUGUUGGUUAAUCUAAGUGCUUCCUGUAAUCAAAAAGUGGUUUUUAAGAAGUAAGUAGUUCAUCGAAACGAACUUGAACCCGAAAGUUUUUCAGUAAACCUGAAACUUUCAUCACUAUAUGAGCUGCAAAAAUUUGGAUUAAAAGUGCAAUUAAAGAAGAGAAGGUGGUCAGUUGCUGUAGAAAUGUUGAUUCCAUGUCGGCAGUUUUUGGUGUUGUGCUUCGUCCUCCGAAAAUCAUCGGAGCCUUGAUUGGCUAUAAAAAUAUACUUCUAUGCCAUAAUUCUUCGGUAACUCGAAAAAAGUUUGAGAAAGCAUAACUUAAUUUCAACAUUCAGACCAAUAAACAAUCAAACACAAUCCAAAAAAUCUCAAAAUUACUCGUUUUGUUCUACAAUAUCAGGAAAGACGAAGACUGGCGGCCAAGAUGAAUAACGAGACGAAAUUUUGUGCAAACUGCAAAAAAGAAGUCGCCUCGUUGAACUUCACGGUGCAUGUGGUGCACUGCACUCGGAACGUGGCUCAGUGCACCGUCUGUGGGGAGCCGGUGUCCCGGUCCCAAUACCAGCAUCACCUGCAGUCCCAACACGGCUCUCUUGACUGCAACAAAUGCGGGGCCAAGGUGGAAGCCGUGAAAAUCUUCACGCACCAGCAAGACGAGUGUCCGCGGCGCAUGCUGUCGUGCCAGUACUGCGAGUUGCAAGUGCAAGCGUCCGAGCUACAGAAACACACGGAUGCCUGCGGGUCUCGAACUGAGCGAUGUAAAGGCUGUACCAAAUAUGUUCAGCUCCGUCACUUGCAGUUUCAUUAUAACUCCGACCACAAGUACCUGGCACCUGAAGAUAAAGAGAAGAAGUCAGGCUCUGACUCUGGUGAUGAGGGCGGCGACGAGUGCCCGGUCUGUCUAGGGCCGGUCACGCUGCCCAUCGCCCUCGAGUGCGGGCACGUCUUCUGCAUGGUCUGCGUCAAAGGGAUCGCAAACACCACCAAGAAUUGUGCCAUAUGUCGUCGUGAUAUCCCCCGAGACAUGCUCAUGGACAUCAGGUUCUGUCGGGAAGAAGACGUCAUAAAGAACUACGUCAACAAGCCCAGGGAUACGAAAAAAUCUUUCCGCAGCCAAAGCGUGCCGUCGCGGUCGCAGGCCUCUCUCCCCUCGCGCCGCACCACCACGCAAGACUAUGAUGAUAUGGUGUCGCAUUUGCUUUCGAGCCGUACCAGUUCCACCUCGUAUCGCUACCAACGACCCAACAACUCCCAUACACCUCCUACCUACACUCCAUACUCCUACACCACCAACACCUCAACGUGUAACACAAGCACCACAACCGGUUCAUCUAACGAUGAUGACUGCUGCUGUUCAUCCAUCUCACAACAGUCGAAAAACUCAACCACGGAACAAAUAUCUGUAUCUUCAGCGUCCGUUGAAAUGAAAGCACAGACUAACAGCUCGUCGUUACAUUCUGCUUCGUCUGAUGUGACCACGAGAGCUGUGAUAACUUCAUCAGAAUCUAAGCCAAAAAGGCCGACGUCUCUGGCGCUGAGCUCUUCUCUUAACGAGCCAGAACCUGCCGAAUCCAUGCAUCGUCGAGGUCGCCGAGAACCACCCGUAAAUGCGACACAAGAGCAAUAUGACCGAUGGCUUGCGUUUCAACUGGCCCAGGCGGACGAGGACAUCCCGGCCGCGGAGUUCAAUAAGAAACACAGGGCCAUCGUCGGUCGAUCUCAAAGCAUGCCUGAGCGAGCGAUUGCGGCGGUGACGCAACGCACGAUGCGGUCAUCGGACUCGUCAGACUCGAGUGACGAUGAACAGGACAAAGGAACCGACAGGGCCAUGAACCGACGUGACUCUCAGAAUCGUCCUCCUGCCUCACCGAGAACCACGCCCUCUCAGUCCUGUGGUUCGUCGAGCUCGUCCUACUCGUCUUCUUCUUCUUUGUCAGCCUCCAGCAGGUCACCAAGCUUGACCAAGUCUUCGAGUGACUCUAAUACCAGCGGCUCAGGCGGUGGUAGUUCAGGCGUAUCUCUGAGUAGCAGCCGAGGCAUGGGGGCUCGCCCAAAAAGCUCCACAGGCCUCAAGAAGAGAGUUUCUUUUAAAGAAGAUGCUCCCGAGGAACGAAGAGUUGCACCUAUUAUGCUGCCUUGCGAGUUCUGUGGAGAGAUGUUCUCAGAGCGCGACCUCAUGCGGCACCAAACCUCAUGUGAUCUCAACGAGACUCAGAUGCCAAGAACACGUCGAGAUUCUUUGGCAACUCCUCCAAUGCUGAAUUCACCUACUCGUAGUGUAACUUCACCUACAGGUUCAUCUCGCACCUUAACAACAGCUUCAAAUUCUAGCACAAACUUAGAGUCACCUGUUUCACCAGCCAGUCGCAGGAAGGUUCCACCAAAUUUACCCCUAGGAUCUUCCAAGAGAGCUGAACACUCUCGCAUUGUUACUGCUGAUGCUCAUCGCACACCUCCAACCAGUCCUCCUCCGCGACCGCCUCAUCCUCCAGCUCAUUCUACGUCCACGACAAGCACAAGCCGCAUUCGGUGCUCACCACAACCAAGUUCGCAUGAAUUAACUGAUUCGUCCUGCGAUUCUCGCCCGACGAGUGUAAGCCCCUGUCCACCUCACAGUAACAGCUGCAGUAGCGGUAUUAGCAGCAUGGCAAGCAGUACCCGCUCAGUCUCAAGUACACCAAGCAGCAGCAGCUCAGCUUCCCCCAUCCCGGCCGUUGUAGAUACGCCCACUGAUAUCGAGGCAGAUUUUGAGGAUGACGAUACUCCCUUUGUAAGACCACGCAGAGGAAAACUCUUAUCGUCUGCCAUUGUUUCUUGGCGAACAAUGUCUGGGGCAAAAGAUCGAUUCAAAUACAGCAGGUCAAAUACAGCCCCCCUGGAAGAUACAGGAGAUGAGCCCUCCGACAUGAAUCCUGUUGUGAACAGUCACUCCGCCUCUCAACUCCCUCCGUUACCUCCUCGUCACGAAAGCGUAGCAACAGAUCCAGAGCAAAGUAAGACAGAAAAUAACACGAGCAGCAGCAGCAGUACUAAUCCACCAAAGUCUAGGCCUCAAGUCUUCAUCAAGAAACAAAAGAAGUACAGAGCUCCUCAACCACCUUCGCAAUCCCCUAGUCAGAGUCACGCACAGUCUACCUCAAUUUCGAGCAACGACCAAUGUUAUGAUUCCUCUAAUUCAUGCAAGAAGGUAGACAAUACAUCAAAUAUGCCCUACAUGCGGUUGGACAGCAAGCCGAUGAUGGAUGUUCAAACUACUAGUGAAAGCACCUCUACAAAAUUUUGUGAAUGCUGUCGAAAAGAAGUAAAAAUAACAAAUUUUCAAUCCCAUCAGAAAGAAUGUCAGGAAAGUUCAGGUAAAGAGGAAGAAAAGUUAUUUCGUGGCGAGCGGGCUCUUGUGCCACACAACGCCACCCCCGCCGCCGAGGAUAGUGAGCGUGAAGCACCUUUUUCUGGCGCCGACGAAUGUUCGACGUUCUCUCCCCAUCGUGCUAGAAGAUAUGAACGAGCACAAUCGGUGCUGGACGAACGAUGUUUCGACACCCGCCGCGAGAGCAGCCUCAUGCGCACCCACAGCAUCAAAGAAACUUCGCGUCCGUCCACCCUGUCUUCCAUGGGAAGAAGAUGGACAUCCAGAGAGAUGCUCUUUAGCCCACGUGGGGAAUCUACGUCGUUUGGCUCGUCCAGCUCGUCCUUCGGGGGAAGUUCGCUCAUUGGUGGCAAGUUCUCGAGCCGCGGCUGGUCGGAUCACGUUUCCAUGGUCCAAGAGGACGUCAAAGCAAAACUGACGAGUGCCAAAGCCCUUUUAUACGAACGUGAAACGAAACCAGAAAAUGCCGAUGCAGAAAUUCUAAGACCAAGUUUCGUCGCAGAUCUAAGAUCUUGGCUUGAUAAGACAGAUGCUUCUUCGAGGGCACCGAUGCUCGGGAGCAGUCGUUACCGCAGUUCCAGCAUGGCUCGCAGCUCUCUUUACGCACCAAGUUUUGGAAGUAGCACAAGGAUUACAUCAUUGGAGUAUCGUUCACCGUAUGAUUCCAUAUCAGCUCGAUCUUCCUUCGGAACCCAGGACAGCUUUGGAUCUUCUUUUAGAAGACGAUACGUUCCUUGAAAAUCUACUAAGAUCUCCGAUGUCUCAGAAAUACUGGAGUUUUUAAAGAUACGAUGAGCAUGGAAAGCUUGCUGCAGCUUCAGAAUGAUACAUAAGCGAGUUAAACUUGAUGGCUGCUACUACUGAAGGAUGAGACCUACUGGCUCUUCAAAACCUUGAUUUGUUAUGCGAUUCAUCAUUCAACACACUUACUCUAAUGUUGGUUAAUAUGAGGUCAUUUUGUCUCUAAAUUUGCAAUAUCGUUCUUUUUUAAAGGAAAUUAAGCAGGCAACUUCCGUGCUAUAGAUAAAUUUGGCUACAUCUACCCACGACUGGUGAAUUCACGUACAAAUUUUCUUGUGGAAGUAACUUUUUCUCGCUCUUGUCGCGUAAAAGUUUUGAAAUUCCCUCCUUUUUUAUUCUGUGCGAAUUCCACAGGCUGAAAAUUGGUUUGCAUGAUCUUCGAGUGUCGUUAGGUUUGAGUUAAUUCCGGGGUUAAGUUUUCUGAGUUGUGUUUUCUAGUCAACACGAUUUUCAAUCGUUGUAAUAUACACUGCCUAUCUACUGCCCUACUUGUUCAUCAUUAUGGUUUUUCGUAGUAUCAGCAUAUUGCUGCGUGGACAAUUAUUCAUUUGUAACUAGUUUCUUGUGUAAAUAAAUCGAAUCUGAUUCUAAUCGUCUAAUAUUGGCACAAUUAAGGUAAAAAUCGAAGCUUUAAUUGGUUUUUCCAAGAUGGUUUAACCGCAGCUUCUAGGAGCUGUUUUUAUAAGGUUUCGAUUGAUGUGAUUUACUAUUAGCGGAUGAAAGUUGAUAUCAAUAUUUGUAUGUGUUGGCUUGCCACAAAAUUAUUUUUCCCAACACAUCCGGGAACAAGUAGAGCCUUGAAAGUAAAAAUAGUCUUUUUUAGGCUUAUAUUUGUGAAAUUACAUUCGAAUAAUAAAUGCCUGUAUUUAUAUUCGUGAAAUUGCAUUCGAAUAAUAAAUACAUGUACUAAAUUAAAUUACAUUAUCCUAAAACAAGCGCUGACAUCACCGAACGGCUGUGCAAGUAAGCCAACUGCUAUUGGUCAAUUUUAUUGCUAUUGUAUUGUAUUGUACUAAUAAUUUGUAGGUAAGUUCCUCAUUUUCCUUCAAACUGUUGAAGUAGGACAUAUAAUUGAAUUGUAUACUACGUAGAAAAAUAAGGUAAACUUUUUAUUGAAGAUUUUUUCGGUGAUUUUGGUUUUUAAGUUGUACUCGGAAUUUGGCUGUUGUUUGCUCAUUAGAGCACAAUGAGAUUCAAAAGUCUACUCAAAUCCUAUAUGGAUUACAUUCUCACAUUUUACGAGUUGUUAUCGCUCAGGCGUGAUCAUAACUGAAAAUGACUCCUUUUUUACAAAUGAAGGCUAAUAUUUUUUUCCAUUUGUGACUCAAUUAACAUGAUCAAAUGCGACAAAAUUGAGACAACAAUCCAUUUCGGACAUUCACAUGAGGCCUGCUCAAAUUGAAGUGAAGAAAUGUUUGAUAAAGAUUUCAUCCCAAAUCCGUUUGGUUGUGAAAAUUUGUUAUCUUCCAUGUUUUGUUUCGAAUAUUUUCAUUCAAUUUUACGAUAGAAAAUCACGUAUGAUUAUUUUUGACGUAUGAGGAUGCAUCUGUAUGAUUCGCCUUUGUUUGAAAACCGGAAAACAAAUUGUAGCAUUUGGUAGACAGUUGUACAUUUCCUAUUAAGGUACGUAAACCUCGCGUUUUAAAGGCGAUCUUGUGCUUGAUCACUUGUGGUCAAACUUAAAUUUAGCGUCAUUAUGUCAAUUGUCCAAAUAGCGUGAGUGAAAAUCUGAAACUUUAUCAGGGUCACUCACUAUUACUUGAUUUUAUUAGUCAUCGGGCAUAAACGUGGAGUGAACACUGCAUUGUUUGUCUUUUUUUUACUAUUACGUUUCUGUAAUGAAUUCUGUGAUAAGUAAAUCGUGAAGCUAAAGUUCACAAAGAGGA